AUGAUGAUCUCACGUCUAUCGCCGAGGGCACAUGUGAUAAGCUGGGCGAUUGAAACAUUUCCGGCUGUCUUUGCCAGGCACAAGCGAUACUCAGCUUUUGAUUCUCACCUCGACCAGGAUGCUGUAGCAGAGGCGCGCUCAUGGUAUCGAAGCUUUGACGCCUCUCAACUCCCCAAAGGCAACACGACAUAUGCCAGAUCCAGUGGACCUGGUGGUCAGCAUGUGAACAAAACCGAAAGCAAGGCAAUCUCCGUCUAUCCAGUCCGAGAACUGCUCUCGGUGAUGCCUUCGUUUUUACAUGGCAGCGUCCGGGCAUCCAAGUACUACACUGCCAACAACGAUGCCCUCACGUUCCAAGCGCAGACUCAUCGGUCGCGGACCGCAAACACGGACGAAAACAGGCGCAAACUCAUGGACGAGGUGACGCGCAUGUACCGUGAGACAACGCCCGCCGAGACGAGCGCCGAGAAGAAGUCCAAGCACAAGGAAAUCGAGAAGCGCUUCCACGAAGAGCGUAUAAAUCACAAGAAGAAGGUGAGCGCUAAAAAGCAGUCUCGAAGAGGACCGCCCGAGUGA